UUUUCCCGAAACCCAACGUGCAUCAUGAGCACCUUCCCUUUCAAAAGAGAGGAAGAGAAAUAAGAGAGAAGAAGGCUCAGUUAACCCUGCAUAUAGGGUAGAGAGAGAGAAUGUGAUUAUGUUUGCUUGUGAGUGAGUGUGUGAGUUUGUGUGCAGUAGUUUCAGUUUCAGAUGCGUGUUAGAGACCAAAACCCAUACCAUACCCCCAAUUUCUCAAAUCACGUAUCUCUGUGACAAACUGCGCCACUUUCUCUGCAUAAGAUCAUGAUAAUUAUUAUAUCCUUUCCUUUCACAGUCACCAUCACUUCCACUAUUCUUCUCUGCAACUUCCGUCACCUCUUCUGUUCAUCUCUCUUUCUCUCUUCUCCUUCAUCUUCAUCUGGGUCACGCUGCAACUGAAAAAGAACUUCUCUUUUCAUCUUUCUUCUUGUUUUCUAUGGCUGAGGGUUUUGAGCAUUACCAUGUCCCACAACAAAGUAGAAGGGACAAGCUGAGAGUUUUUGCUCAGAACCAACCUGGGUUUGUUGAAUCUUCCUCUACCCUUCAUCCUGCUUGUGCAACCUUACCCUCUCUCUACGAUCCUUCACUUAUUUCAUCUGAUUUGUUAGCUUGUGCUAACCAACAAGGUCACGGGUUUCACAGUAACCAGAACGAAGCUUGCAAAGGAAACCAAGGUGGUGGUGCUAAAGAAGAAGGUUCCAAUUUGAUGAUGGGGUUUGCAGGAGGGGUUGUGAACAGUAGUAGUAACCCUUUUCUUUACCAGGCUCAAGGCCUUCAGAACCUUAGGGAAUUUGAUAGUAGCUACAAUGAUGGUGGUGAAAUGUUGGUGUUCAAGCCUGAGCCUUUGUCUUUGUCUUUAUCAUCCCACAAUAGCAACAACACUCAUCACCCUUUGGAACUGAAUCUUCAGCGAUAUGGGUCUGUUAUUUAUGGUGAUAAGGUUGGUGGUGGUUGUGUGAUUCCGGGUUUGGUUGGAGGAAACAGUGAAGUUUCAAGGAAUUCAGUUCCACUUGGACCCUUUACGGGUUAUGCUUCCAUAUUGAAGGAAUCGAGGUUCUUGAAGCCUGCACAGCAGUUAUUGGGAGAGCUAUGUGAUGUUGGGGUUCGUGGAAUUUACGCUACUGAGAAGAUUGCUCCUGAUGCAUCGUUGAUGGAACCUCCUCAUGAGAGUUUAAGUGCUAGUGGAAUUGGUGGGGAUGAUCCACUUGGGGAAUAUGGGAAUGAUGGUAGGAAGAAAAAGUGCAGGCUAUUAACCAUGCUUGACGAGGUUUACAGGAGAUACAGGCAGUAUUAUCAACAGAUGCAUGCAGUAGUAACUUCAUUUGAGUAUGUUGCUGGCCUUGGUAAUGCAGCCCCAUAUGCAAGUUUGGCGAUAAAUGCCAUGUCCAAACAUUUUAGAUGCUUGAAGAAUGCUAUUACUGACCAGCUUCAGUUCAUCAACAAGGCUCAUUUUCAGAUAAGCAACAGGAAGGACGAAUCUCCAAGGUUCCAAAACAGUGAUAGGGGCACUUACAGCCAAAGGCCAGCUUUUCUUGAGCACCAACAACCAGUUUGGCGACCUCAAAGAGGACUCCCUGAGCGUGCUGUGAGUGUUCUUAGGGCUUGGUUGUUUGAACACUUUCUCCACCCUUAUCCUACUGAUACCGACAAGCUAAUGUUGGCUAAACAAACUGGUCUAUCUCGUAACCAGGUGUCUAAUUGGUUUAUUAAUGCAAGAGUAAGGCUUUGGAAACCAAUGGUGGAAGAAAUACAUAUGCUAGAAUCACAGCAAGCUCAAAAAAAGUCACAAAGGGAGGAGCAUAGUAGGAACAAUUUGAGUGAUCAAAUGCCUUCAGACAACUCUCUCGUCACUGAGAAUCCAUCUACCUCCACAGGUAAGUUUCAGGAUGUGCCUUAUAACCGCACUAGAAAUGAACUUGCUAACAUGCAAGUGAGGAGUCAGGAACAACUGAAUCAGAAUAACACAAGCAAUCAUCAGCAAGUGGGUGUUGGAGUGAGCAUGGGGAGUGGUGGCGGUGCAAGCAACAAUGGUGUGUCCUUGACACUUGGUCUUCACCAAAAUCAUGGUAUUGGGUUAUCUGAGCCCUUUAGCAUGAGUGCAGCUCAGCGUUUUGGUGUUGCCCUUCAACCUGAGGGCUAUGUUAUAAGUGGUUUUGAAUCACAAAAUCGACAUUUUGGGAGAGAUGUUAUUGGUGGAGGGCAACUGUUGCAUGAUUUUGUAGGCUGAAGAUAUCUUCAAUCUACUAACUUUGCUUGGACUUGAUCCAAUUUGGUGCUAUUAUACUAACCAUAUUUCUGUUGCUUUCACAAACAUCUGAAAUUAGGAAAAGGAGAGUGAUUGAAAUAUUGGCCUUGUAUUGUUCUACUACUCAAGUUGUUACCUUCCACUUUGUGAUUGUGUGGUCUUCUUAUUGAGUCCACUACAAGACUGAAGUUAUUGUAAAUUCAUUUUAGGGGAUCGAAAAUAUUAUGUCAUAGGUCUAUCCAAUUCACCCUUGUGUUGUUGAUCUUGUAGGCAGCAAUUAGGUUAAAUAUUUUUUUUCCCUUUUUUUCAUAUUAAUGUUAACCGAACCUGGUAAACGGAUUUCAAUGUCAUAGUAUGUUUAAUAUUG